AUGAUCGAGAAGGAGGACCCGGUGAUUACUGAGGAAGAGGCGGCCCAAUACGACCGCCAGAUCCGUCUUUGGGGCUUGGACGCCCAGAAGAGACUGCGUGGGUCCAAGGUUCUCCUGGCAGGGUUAGGUGGUCUGGGGGCUGAAGUGGCCAAAAACUUGAUCUUGGCUGGAGUUAAAGGACUUACCUUGCUCGAUCACGACAAGGGGAAUGAUCAGUCAUGGGCUCAGUUUCUAAUCCCAGUGACCGAGCGAGGCCAGAAUCGGGCCCAGGCGUCCCUGGAACGUGCCCAGAUCCUCAAUCCCAUGGUGGAAGUACUUGCUGACAGAGACAGAGUAGAAGAUAAGCCCGACUCUUUCUUUCUUCAGUUCAAUGCGGUUUGUUUGACGUGCUGCUCCAAAGACACGAUGGUGCGCAUUGACCAAUUAUGCUCGCAGCACAACAUUCUGGUCUUUUGUGGUGACGUUCACGGUUAUUAUGGUUACAUGUUCUGCAACCUUGGACCCGAGCACAACUAUGUGGAGGAGAAACCUAAAGUGGUGAAAAAAGCGAUGGGAGACUCCAAUGAUGGCCCUGACGCCAAGAAGGUCAAAGUGGACCCCAAUGAAACCACCAUGGUAAAAAAGACGUCCAAGUUCUGUAGGCUGAAGGAGGCUUUGGAGGUAGACUGGACCAGUGACAAGGCCAAAGCCGCCCUGAAGCGCACACCUGUUGACUACUUCCUACUUCAUGUGAUGCUGAAGUUCCGCACCGACAAGGGACGAGACCCCGACCCAAAAUGCUUCAAAGAGGACAGCCAGCUGCUCAGUCAGAUCCGCCAGGAUGUUUUGAGUACGUUGGGCGUGGAUGGCGACCUGUUCAAGGACGACUUCAUCAAUUUCUGCUUCUCCGAGAUGUCGCCUGUGUGCGCCGUUGUGGGAGGAGUGCUCGGACAGGAAAUUGUUAAGGCUCUGUCCCAGAGAGACGCACCGCAUCGCAACUUCUUUUUCUUUGAUGCACGCAAAGGAAAUGGUAUUGUGGACUAUUUUGGACCAAAUUGA